AUGGGCCCCAGUGAGCUGCGCCAGGGGCUGCAGCCUCUGUCGGGCCCCUGUGCCGCGCUGUCAGUGGCUGCCACAAGUCGCUGCUGUCUUCCUGAGAGCCCUGGAGCCUCGUUAAAGGAAGCAAGUCCUGAAUGUGCAGGAGCCCUGGACGUGGGGCGAGCCCUGGACAUGGGGGGAUCCCUGGGUGUGGGGGGAGCCCUGGACGUGGGGGGAGACCUGAGUGUGGGGGGAGCCCUGGGUGUGGAGGCAGCCCUGGAUGUGGGGGGAGCCCUGGACGUGGGGGGUGCCCUGGGUGUCAGGGGGAGCCCUGGACGGAGCCCUGGAUGUGGGGGGAGCCCUGGGUAUGGAGGGAGCCCUGGAUGUGGGGGGAGCCCUGGGUAUGGAGGGAGCCCUGGAUGUGGGGGGAGCCCUGGGUAUGGAGGGAGCCCUGGAUGUGGGGGGAGCCCUGGGCUGCAUCUGGCCACGGAGGAGCCACAGUCUUUCCCACCUGCAGGAGCAGGAUUCCCGUCCCGAGAGUCUGUGAAUUCUGUGGCUCAGGUUCACAGACACCAGUCCUGUGACUGGCAUAAGAAAACUCUAGUGUCAAGCGGGUUUCUGGGCCGGACUCACAGCCCGCUCUUCCAGGACGUGGCCGGCAUCGUGGAGGGCACCGCCCCCACGGGACCUGACACCUGCCCGGUGGACCCCUCCUCUGGCUCCUCGUCUGUAGAAGGACUGGUGGAAGUCGCCUGGGCAGACCGGGCGGGGCAGGAGACGAUACAGAACAUUCUAGGCCAGGGCAGCCAUGAAAGCAUAGGUCUGAGGGAUCGGGAUGCUUGGGGUGUGACAGGCAUGGUGGACACCUUGGCUGCCCCUGCCUCUCGGCUGUUGUGCAUCGUGCUGCUGAGAACGCGCGGGUGCGAGUAUCUGCUAGAGUCCCCGCUUCCAGUUCUUGUGGAUGUAUAUACCCAGAACUCAGUCUCUACCUCCUGCACCCACAUCCAGGUCCAGCCACUGCCCUCUCUGCUGUGCCUGGGCUGCAGCCUCCCAGUAGUCCGCCUCCGUGCCUGGCUGUCCGCGCUCUUGCAGCACCAUCGGUCAGGGUGCCCACUGCGGCCUCGUCUGUCCCGCUGUUUCCUUUCUGGUGUGUUCUGGCAACAGGACUCUGCCCGGCUGCUCUUCCUCCUGCUGGGCCCAGGCCGCAGCAGGCUCUGCAUGGUGAGCACUUCCACGCCGCUCAUCCCGCUCCUGCCAGAGCCCCUCGCCCUCCUGCACAGCUGA